AUGUCAGAGGAAGCAGUUCGACCUGCCUUUGAAGGCCGUGACUACCCACUUAUUUCCUAUGGCAUCGCCUUUCCCGCAGCCAUAGCCCGUCAUCUUAAUGACAUCUUCCGGGCUUCCCGAGUAUAUGUCAUCUGCUCAGGCUCAUUGUCGCGAAAUACCGAUGUAAUGAACCAGCUGGAAACCGCUCUGGGACCAGAUAAACUGGUUGGUCGUCGGAUUGGUAUGCGGAGCCACACCUUGUGGUCAGAGGUGUUGCAGAUUGCCGAAGAGGUUAGGACUGUGCAGGCCGAUCUUCUCUUGACUGUUGGAGGUGGCAGCUUGUCUGAUGGUGCCAAGCUCAUUGCAUUGGUUGUCGAGAAUCAAAUCAAAACACCAGAAGAGCUUGAAACCCUUGCAGAAGGUCCCCAAAAGCGACUAGAAAUAAAAACACCAACUCUCCCGAUCAUUUCCGUGCCAACAUCUCUCUCCGCUGGCGAAUACUAUAACUUUGCAGGUGGCACGGACGACCGCACAAAGCGCAAACACGCCUUCAAACAUCCAACUCGCGGACCCAAGCUAGUUAUCCUCGAUCCGGAGCUGGCGGAAACAACCCCCGAUUCAGUCUGGCUCAGUACAGGUGUACGCGCAGUUGAUCAUUGUAUCGAAACUCUGUGUGCCAUGUCAGGUACCACUGCGAAAUCAGAUAAACUGGCUCAGCGUGCGCUGGGAAUGUUGGUUCCUGGUCUCUUGCGCUGUAAGAAGGACCGAUCAGACCGUGAUGCUCACCUACAGUGCCAACUUGGAUCCGUGGAUGCUAUGGCGGCCUGGACUGAGGGGCCAAUUGAUUUGGGUGCUAGUCAUGGGAUUGGACAUCAGCUUGGUCCACUGGGCGUUGGCCAUGGUGAGACUAGUUGUGUCUUGCUCCCUGCUGUGUGCAAGUACAAUGCUAAGGACAACGCCAACCGCGAAAAGCAAGCUAGCGUACGCCAAUUUAUGAUUCAAGAUCCGGUUGUGUCUGAGGUGGUACGUUCCCGCUCGGUCAACGUGGAAGCAUCCGACUUGAGCGAUAUCUUGGAUGCUAUCAUCCGCGAAUUGGGAAUGCCUCGGUCCUUGAGCGAUGUCAAAGUCGGACGAGACCAGUUGGAUGAACUGGCAGAGAAUAGUCUACAUGACCAUUUCUGCAAGACAAACCCAGUGCCACUGAACGAGAAGUCUCAGGUAUUGGAGAUCUUGGAAAUGGUAGUUUAA